CUGCACAGUGCACACUUUCCGCUAUUCCGCUGGAGAAAUCUGUUCUUUCGUUCUUUAUUGUUGUUCUUUGGCGUGAGUCUUUUCUCCGUAUAAAGCGUAGAAAUGGCUGAGACGGAUGAAACUCAGAAGAAGAAGAGGACCUUCAGGAAGUUUACCUUCCGGGGGGUCGAUCUCGACCAACUCCUGGACAUGCCAAAUGAACAGCUGAUGGAUUUGAUGCAUGCGAGAGCACGUAGGCGCUUCUCUCACGGUCUGAAAAGAAAAUCCAUGGCUCUUGUCAAGAAGCUACGCAAGGCAAAGAAGGAGACUCCGCCUAACGAAAAGCCUGAGAUUGUCAAGACGCACUUGCGUAAUAUGAUUAUCGUUCCAGAAAUGGUUGGCUCGAUUGUUGGCGUAUAUAAUGGCAAGACCUUUAACCAGGUUGAAAUCAAACCAGAAAUGAUUGGCCAUUAUCUUGGAGAAUUCUCCGUUACGUACAAACCUGUUAAACACGGUAGACCUGGUAUUGGUGCCACUCAUUCUUCACGAUUUAUUCCACUCAAAUAAAAUGUAUUUCUCUAUGCAUCAAUAAAUUGUCAAAAGUGUAACAAAAA